UGCCCCAUCAUUGGUGUCAGUGGGAAGAAUCGUGCCCCAUCAUUGGUGUCAGUGGGAGGAAUAGUGCCCCAUCAUUGGUUCAGUGGGAGGAAUAGUGCCCCAUCAUUGGUGUCAGUGGGAAGAAUCGUGCCCCAUCAUUGGUGUCAGUGGGAGGAAUAGUGCCCCAUCAUUGGUGUCAGUGGGAGGAAUAGCACCCCAUCGUUGGUGUCAGUGGGAGGAAUAGCGCCCCAUCGUUGGUGUCAGUGGGAGGAAUAGUGCACCAUCGUUGGUGUCAGUGGGAAGAAUAGCGCCCCAUCGUUGGUAUCAGUGGGGAGAAUAGUGCCCCAUCGUUGGUGUCAGUGGG